AUGGUCCUACUCGCCCUCGGCUCUGGAAGACGGCUGGAUUUCGUGCAUCAUUCGGGGGCGGUUUUUUUGCAAACCUUGGUUUGGAUUUUAUGUGCUGCCGUCUGCGGAACGGAGCAGUAUUUCAAUGUGGAGGUGUGGCUGCAGAAGUACGGGUACCUGCCCCCGCCCGAGCCCCGGAUGGCAGUGCUGCGCUCGGCCGAGACCAUGCAGUCCGCCCUGGCGGCCAUGCAGCAGUUCUACGGCAUCAACAUGACGGGCAAGGUGGACAGGAACACCAUCGACUGGAUGAAGAGGCCGCGCUGUGGUGUGCCUGACCAGACGCGAGGCAGCUCCAAGUUCAAUGUCCGCCGCAAGCGAUACGCGUUAACGGGCCAGAAGUGGCAGCACAAACACGUCACCUACAGUAUAAAGAACGUAACUCCAAAAGUAGGGGACACCGAGACCCGCAAAGCGAUCCGCCGUGCCUUCGACGUGUGGCAGAACGUGACCCCUCUGACCUUCGAGGAGGUGCCCUACAGCGAGCUGGAAAACGGCAAGCGGGACGUGGACAUCACCAUCAUUUUCGCAUCCGGUUUCCACGGAGACAGCUCUCCCUUCGACGGGGAGGGGGGGUUUUUGGCCCACGCCUACUUCCCUGGACCAGGAAUCGGCGGAGACACUCACUUCGACUCCGACGAGCCGUGGACGCUGGGAAACCCGAAUCACGACGGGAACGACUUGUUUCUCGUGGCGGUUCACGAGCUGGGCCACGCGCUGGGCUUGGAGCACUCCAACGACCCCACCGCCAUCAUGGCCCCGUUCUACCAGUACAUGGAGACCGACAACUUCCAGCUGCCCGGCGACGACCUGCAGGGCAUCCAGAAGAUCUACGGUCCGCCAGACAGGACCCCUCCACCGACCCGACCUCUGCCCACGGUGCCCCCACACCGCUCCGUGCCCCCGGCGGACCCCCGCAGGAACGACAGGCCCAAGCCGCCCCGGCCGCCCACCGGCAGACCCUCCUACCCCGGCACCAAGCCCAGCAUCUGCGAGGGCAACUUCAACACACUGGCCGUCCUCCGCCGGGAGAUGUUUGUGUUCAAGGGCCAGUGGUUCUGGAGGGUGAGGAACAACCGGGUCAUGGACGGGUACCCGCUGCAGAUCGCCUACUUCUGGCGCGGCCUGCCCCCCGGGAUCGACGCCGUGUACGAGAACAACGACGGGAACUUCGUCUUCUUCAAAGGUAACAAAUACUGGGUGUUCAAGGACACGACGCUGCAGCCGGGCUACCCUCAUGACCUGGUCACUCUGGGAAGCGGAAUCCCCCCUCACGGCAUCGAUUCAGCCAUUUGGUGGGAGGACGUAGGGAAAACCUAUUUCUUCAAGGGAAACAGGUACUGGAGGUACAGUGAAGAGAUGAAAACCAUGGACCCCGGCUACCCCAAGCCCAUCACCAUCUGGAAAGGGAUCCCCGACUCUCCGCAGGGAGCCUUCGUGCACAAGGAGAACGGCUUCACGUAUUUCUACAAAGGGAAGGAGUAUUGGAAAUUCAACAACCAGAUCCUCAAGGUCGAACCCGGAUACCCCAGGUCCAUCCUGAAGGACUUUAUGGGCUGUGACGGACCCACGGACAGACACAAAGAGGGACACAGCCCGACAGACGACGUGGACAUCGUCAUCAAACUGGACAACACGGCCGGCACCGUGAGGGCCGUGGCCAUCGUGAUCCCCUGCGUCCUGGCGCUGUGCCUGCUGGUGCUGGUGUUCACCGUGCUACGCUUCAAGCGCAAAGGGACACCCCGCCACAUACUGUACUGCAAACGCUCCAUGCAGGAGUGGGUGUGACACGGGUUCCGGCCGCUGUCCAGCCAAGAAAAUGUGAAGAGGUGGAACAGGACAACCACAGUGGGACUCUCAGGAGGUGAAGACCCAGGACAGCUUGGUCUCCAACGAGAAGAGCACUCCGACCUCGGAGAGUCCGCUGCGCCUGCCCGUCGGGCGGCGGGAAGGA